AUGGCUGCCACCAGUACCAAUCGCCAUAAUCCAAUAAAUUCGGAUUUUACCCUAUCUCCACGACAAGAAGAAUUACUUUUCGCUGCUCUCAAUUCAAACAAGUCGUCAACCAAACCUUCAAACAACAUGGAUAAAUCACUUCCACCAUCAACAAAUGCCCUUUCAAACACCUCGACGUCCACAUUCAAUGAAUCUCCAAUCCAAGCUCCCGGCUCAGGUACACUAAGUACAUUUGACGAAAGCCCCUUUAUCGACUACGAUUAUGAAUUCGAAGGUGAUGAUAGUUUCAACUUCGACUUUGGCAAUGAUUCACAAGGUCAAAUGAUUGGAAAUUUACCUGGUUCGUCGUCAGAUGGUGAUGCUGAUAAUCAUGAGAAGCGAAGUCAUCCUGAUGAUGACGAUGAGGAAGAAGGUGGUGGUAAACGAAGAGAAGGUGAUGAUAAAUCAUCCAAGAAGCCUGGCAGAAAACCUCUUACAUCUGAGCCCACUUCUAAACGCAAGGCUCAAAAUCGUGCCGCCCAACGCGCUUUCCGUGAACGAAAGGAGAAGCACCUGAAAGAUCUCGAGACCAAGGUUGAUGACUUGCAAAAGGCUUCCGAAUCUGCCAAUCAUGAGAACAGUAUUCUACGAGCGCAAAUUGAACGAAUGACGAUGGAAUUGAGGGAAUACAAAAAGAGAUUAUCACUUAAUGGUGGUAUCAACCGUAGUCCAAAUGGCAACCCCCCGGCUUAUUUCGCAGGAAAAGGGCUUUCAAAUGCAUCGGCCACUCCAAAUGAUGUCAACUUCCAAUUCGAGUUUCCAAGAUUUGGUCGCCUUCCAGGUCCUCCUAUCACCAACGGAAGUUCAUCCAUGGCACCAUCCGCCUCCCCAACUACACCAACUCAGAAUGCUCAGAGUCCUACCGAUAAGAGUCAAUCUAGCUCACGCAAUCAUUCCAAUGCCAGUAAUACUUUUGGCGUUGGUACAACCCAAACUUCAGCUCAAAAUGGUGAUGAUAUGACAUCCUUCUCUGGUCUGUUCAGCCCGGAAAUCCUGGAUAGUGCAUUCAAGAGUUCACCAUUCGACUCCUUUGGCAACCUCACCCACGGAUCAAUGUCCAGUACGGGCUCUCCUCAUCAAUCUACCAAUGGCCAAAAUACUUCAUAUAGUUCACCAUCGGCUUCUUCACAAUCCAACCAUGGAACAAGCUCAUCCUGUGGUACCUCUCCAGAACCUACGAACAUGCAAUCACCAUACAAUAAAGCGACUGACAAUACUUUAACAACGAUUGGAGAGGAGAACACAUGUGGCAACAGCAAUGCAGCACCAGGUGAGAUGUCCUUUUGCGAGAAGCUCAACAUGGCUUGCGGCAAUCCUAACAAUCCUAUUCCCCGUGCAUUGUCUGAAUCUGGUACCAAUCCAGGAAAUGUAGAACCCCUCGUUUUCGAUGUCAAUGGAAUCGAUUGGUUGGCUCAACAAAACAACAAUCAAUUCGAUCCUCAACUUUACGGUGAUUAUCGGGAACCACAGAACAACAUUCUCUCAAAUGACCUUUAUGGUCUUGAUGAUGGUUUCUUCACAGAUGCAUUUGAUAUCCAAGAUUUCAAUAGCCCAUUCAACGUUCCGACUCCAACCACUACAGCGAAGGAUCUUGUGCAACAAAUUGAUGAAAAGCAAAAUGAAGAUAGUGAGGUAGUUCCAGGAGAAGAUAGAUCAACAAUGCUUAGUUGCAACACCAUUUGGGAUCGCCUACAAAAUUGUCCCAAGGUCAGAGAGGGCGAGUUUGAUCUUGAUAGCCUUUGCAAGGAUCUUCAAAAGAAAGCCAAAUGUUCCGAGACAGGUGCUGUUGUCAAUGAGGCUGAUUUUCAAAAAAUCAUGAAUAGUUACGCUCCUAAAGGUUGCGAUACUAUGUUCCCUACAACAGCCAAGAAGGCAUAA